CUCUGUGCAUGACGUUUUGGAGGCUCGUGCACGCGUUGGCGGUCGUCUCGACGUUGUUUCCAGCGGCCGAGACGACCUCUUCGCGGAGCCCGACGGAGAUGCGAAUGCUCGAGGCUCGCUGCUUCGCCCGCUGCUUCAACGCGACAGCAACAGAGUGUUCUUACCCUUGCUCUUUUUUCAAUAAAAGCAAGUCGACUUGUCUGAAGAAAUGUCGCAAUGAAUUUGAUUCGUUACAUGAUAAACUUGCUGAGUGCAACGAGGGUUGUCAGUUUGUUAAAAGGGUCGAGUCUGAAGCUGUAGGAGCAUCCUUCUCACCUGGGUCACCAUAUGUUCCUGCCAUUCCACCACCUCCCAUCAUUACUCAACUCAGUGGUGUCGUCACACUUCAGUGGGAACCUCCUACUAGUAUUCAUUCCAAAUCAGGUGUCAACCAUGGACCAGGACGAGCAGCUGUCUUCGUUAUUCAGUAUGCAUCGCUUGAGUGUGGACCACCACACUCUUUUGAUUGGAAUACUGGCUCGCAUCCGGCAGAACAGAACUUUAUAGAACUCCCUCACAGAUCACUGGAUCUCAGUGACGAUCGUUUGUAUGUAUUUCGUGUGGCAGCAGUCAACGUAAACGGAACACAGGGUUUCUCAUCGACGUCACCAUUAGCAUAUUCAGUAGACAAGAAAUGUGUGGAAGUGAGCCAUGAAACUCCUCGUCUUGUGGAAGAUCUUCGAUUGUUGGGUUUUAGAAACCCAUGGGAUAGCAAAAUUGUUGACAUCGAGGUCUCGUGGAAAGAACCAGCAAUAAAUAAGGCGUGUCAUUAUGUGUGUGUGACGGAAGAGGCAAGCGAUCAGGAAGAUGCGUGUCGUGAUAGGACGCUGUUUGAUUUGAUUGUCAGAAAGGCAAAGCAUUACGUAGUAAGCAAAUCCGUAAGCAAAUCCAACAGACAACACGGCACUGAGGGCUGUUUGUAUCGAUCCACCGUCGGCUCUAUACCAAAGUUGAUAUCAAUCGAUGGCAACCAAGCUGUCAAAACUGCAGUGUUUCGUAACGUGACGAAAGACAUCUACGAUCAAAGUCGUUACGAGUUGGGACCUCCGUCCUUGUCUCAAGUGAAGACGCUCAGUCAUCAUAUCAACGUCACGGUUAUGUGGCUGUUGCCGGCGGAUUAUGCUCCGGACCUUGAUCUUUAUCGACUUGAGUACGGGACAGGACGGUCUUCGGUACCAAUAUGGAGGCAGGACAGCCAGAAACUGGGAGAGAAAGAUAUCUUUGUGAGUGAUGCUGUUGGACGGAAGUUCUCUGUUCUCUUUCCAGAGUUGAAACCGGCAACUGAAUAUUGGUUCAAGAUAUUGCCAUUGAGAAAAGGUAACUUUGGAAAAACAUCAGAGGAAGAAUAUUUAAUGACUGAGGACUUUUUUGUGCCCGGUGUACCAUUACAUGUUCGUCACGUUAUCAAAGAUGGCACUUUGGGUCACUUUUCUGUACUCAUAACGUGGACAAACUCGAAACCAGCAACGCCAGUAGAGUAUCCGGUGACAGCAUCGUAUGUACACUGGGGCUUCGGCAUGAGAAUUAUCAACUCGGAACUCGCCGUGGCAGCAGUCAACGGUACAACUCAAGAAUAUACUAUCAGUGAGUUAGAAAAGGAAGAUUCAGACGGAUCAAAGAAGUACUACUGGUUUCGGGUCUGGUCUGCUAAUGCAAAGGGCAACGGAUCAGAAUCUGCGCCAGUCUAUUUUAGUUUCAAAUCACCCAGAGACCAACUAUUGAUCGUAUACAUCACUACUCCACUCGUCUUCUUAGUUAUAGUUGCUCUCGUCAUUGCUAUCGUCUUUUGCUACCACUGGAGAAGAAAGCUACAGAAAAUUAGACUCAUUGCUCAUCCCCUGACGUCAAACCUUUGCUAUGUUCACUCGCCUCAGUCCUCGUGAGGUCCCGGACAAGCGGGAGGUGGCGGUAAAUCAAAUUAGUCUAGACAACAAGCUGGGAGAGGGUAUCAGUACAUUACAUUGAGAGUAUGUGUUGCAAACAAUACAACUGCAUGUGCAGUUAUUGAAGCUGUUAUGGUAUCGACCACUAGCAACCUUUGCUAGACUAGAGACAAAGUGAAUUAGUUAUUAGUGAGCUGAUCAAUGACGACAUCAGCAAAACUAUCUGGAUGAUAGACACAGUUGCAGCAUUGUAAGUUAAGAAAUCAUGUCAUUUUACAGCCACA